CCGGUUGAUCUCCCCUGUAGAAUUCUGUCUUGGACCUCUUGAUCAUGACAUAAGAUUGGAGGGCAAUCCAAAAGAGAUCAGCACGAAGGAAGCUCAGUUCCUUCUCUCCCCAUUUCUUCACUCUGUAUUGUCUCGUCUUCGAAUCGUAUCAGAUAUGGGGGAUGGUUAUUGGAGGUAUGGAGAUGGACGGCAGCAGUCAGCCAUGCUUCCUCUCGCCAGCGGGAAGCGAUCUCGCUCCGACUACGAUGUCCCUGGUGGGCUUGACUUUCCUGGAUAUUAUCCUCGUGAUGAUGAAAGGGGCACACAUCGUGUGGUUAGAGACACUGAAUCAAUUGAAGCAUCCUAUGAGCGUUACUUGCGCAGCACACAACUUUCAUCAUAUGAAAGUGGUGAAUCUGGAAGAUCCAUGGGUGCAAUAAGCAGUCGUCCUGUUGAUGAUCAACGUAUAUUAGGUGUUGGAAGCAUGGACUCAACCGUUGCUGGAAAAGGCCGAAAUAUGGGAUUUGGUGGUGGUAGGCCUGAGAUGCCUCUUCCCCCAGAUGCUUCAAACACAUUAUUUGUGGAGGGUUUGCCUGCAAACUGUACCCGCAGGGAAGUAUCUCAUAUCUUCCGACCUUUUGUGGGAUAUAGAGAAGUGAGACUUGUGAACAAGGAGUCUAAACAUCCUGGAGGAGAACCACUUAUCCUGUGUUUUGUUGAUUUUGCUACUCCAAGCCAGGCAGCAAUUGCAUUAGAUGCUCUACAAGGUUAUAAAUUUGAUGAGCAAGAUCGUGACUCGGCAAAUUUAAGGUUGCAAUAUGCUCGCUAUCCUGGUCCGAGGUCAGGUGGUGGGCCUCGUGGCAGGCGUUGAGUAAUCCGAUUUUCAGGACGAGAGGACCGAGUGCAAAUCCAAUACCACUGAGUCGGGGAAAAGUUGGAAUUGUGACUUGUGAGGGUGUGCGUCAGUGCGUGUUAUCGAAUAAACGAACGAGUCAUACAGAUACCAUUCGACGAACGACUGAGCACUUGUAGGACUAUCCGAUUUCGCUAUGUUUUCUUUUUUGUUUUUUCGAACCGUACAUACAUCUACGAGGGAUGAUUGGUGGCUUUGUUUUUCUCUCUCUCUACGCUACUACGUUAGGACUUUAGGAUAGUGAGCACGUAUGAACUGAGUACUGAGAACCGUUAGCAAUGCCACGCCGGUAGCACUUAUGAAGUAUGGCCUCGUAUCUUCUGGCUUUUAUUUUUGUUUUAUGCAUUUUCUCCUCGAGAGAUUGAUGCUACUAAUCGUGUCUUCAACUUUACUCAUGUAAUGUAGAGAUAUCUGGUAUAUUUUACUUUUCCGAGGAUAAAUUAGAUGUAGUACUUUGUGUUUUGCUA